GAGCAAUGCGUUCAGUAGGAAACGGCAACCACCAGUGCAGGGGAUCCGGCAUCAAGCAGGCCAAGGCCGUGUUGGGAACCAAGGCUCAGAAGUCGAAGCUCAAGAAGGCCGUUGCCAAGAGAAGGGGAUGGGGCGGACGUCUCUGCCUCUCUAACGUAGGCAAGUCUUUGAACAAGUAAAGCUUGCAGCGUUGCGAUCACAG